GGAUGACUGGCUGGCUGGCUGGCUCCGUGCCUUACGCUGGCCCGACGCCUUCACAGUCCACAGUUCACGAAGCGAUUGAUUGAUCGAUCGAUAGAUCGAAUGAUUGAUUGAUUGCAGUGUAACUAGUGCAAUGGUCACGGGUUUCCUUCGUUUCCAUCGUUUCCAUCGUCUCCAUUUCCAUCGUUUCUAUCACGUUACAUAGCACCAGCACUCUAUAUACUCACAUGGAGCUCUCGGGCGUUCUCGCUUCACCCUCGGCAGCUGAUCCGAAUUCCACCGGGCGCCGGGGCCAGCACUGUGGCUGGGCAUCGUCCGCAUCGUUCGAAUCGUUCGAUUAUUCCGGUGCCCCGCCUUGUCUUCGCCACAGGGGGGGAAAGAAAGGAAAAAAAAGUGUUCGUGGUGGUGGACGGCGAGCUCAGCUUUAUUCGUCAUUCGUCAUUCGAGGAGGAGGAGGAGCUGGGCCGUGGUUGAUGACUUGACAGCUUCCAUCUCAUGUUCCCAAAGGAACGCUCCACCAAUCUACCAGGAUGAAGGAUGAAGUACCUACUCUACCAGUAACCACGGUCACGAAGAUGUAUACGCAUAGUCCAGCCGACCCGACCCUUUUCAACCCUUUUCGACACGACUCGAUGGGGUUGGACGGUUGGAGGGAGGGAACGCUGGAUGCCUGCCUUGUACUUACAUACCAUCUUCAAGCGCUUGUUUUUUCCGCAUGACCUGUCUGCCAUGCGCUGCGAUUUCUUUCUUUAUUUCUUUGGCUGGAGGGCGCUGCGAAAGAUGGCGACAAGCAACAAAGAGGUCAUCUUAUGGUAGCAAGCAGACGGGGAAGGGGACCAGCCAGUUGGGACUGAAGCAGAGAAGCAUAAGGCGUGGCGACGGUAGUGGCAAUGGAAGAAGGAGAGGAGGAGGAGGGGGAAGAAGAAGGAGAAGGCGAAGCUGGAGAAGCAAAAGAAGCAGAAACCCCAACCCAACCGGUCGUCGUGAAGAAGAAGAAGCAAAAAUGCAACCUAACCGGUCAUCGUGAAGGAGAAGGCGAAGCAGCAGAAGCAGCAGAAGCAGAACAAGAAGAAGCAAAAUAAGAAGCAAAAGCACCAACCAAACCCGUCAUCGUGAAAAACACCAUGCCAUGACACCAUAACACCAUAUCCAGUCCCACGUCCCACGCAGCUCACACACACGCACACACACAGACACACACACACGCAAAAACCUACGCACUCACGCACGAGAAACAUACGACAUCACUCGUCUGCACGCGGAACUUCGGUUGUGGCCCGCUGCUGCUGCUGCUGCUGCAUGGUUGUGGUUUUGGUUUUUGGCUGAAUGGGUUUUGAUUAGAUUGUUAUUGUCGUCGUCCUUGUCGUCGACGUUGAGCCGAACUCUGUGCCUGCUGUGCGCUGAGGGGUAGAUGCGGAUGCGGAUGGGGAUGCACCACUUGACUUUGAGCUGCUGUAAUCGGCCGCGGUCGGGCGGAUAGAGUUUAGUUCCACUUCGUCGCGACUCGCGAUGGGAUUCCGUGAAAGUUGAGGAAGCUCAGUGGCGAGAGUGGUGGGAAGUGCAAGUGCAUAUAACGGCACAAGUGAAGGGCUGAGAUGGGGUAGUGGGAGGAGAGGAUGGAAGAUGGGGAAGAUGGAGUGGGAGAGGAAGGGGAAGAGGAAGAGGAAGAGGAAGAGCUGGUGAAGGGUGAAGGGUGAAGGGUAAAAAGCGUGUGUGUGUGUGGUGUGAAUCCGAGCCGAACGUGUAAAAGCAGAAUAAGGCGGGAUUUGGUAACUGG